GGCUAAUUACUGUGUCUUCACAUGUUUGCAACCUCUGACCUGUGUGCGGCAGCAGGUUAUAUACCACAUUACUCUAAUUAAUAAUUUCCGGUAGUGCCACUGUUUACUCUGACAUCUUGGGAAAUGGGGAGAAAUUUCUAUCUCCCGCGGCAAACAGUGAAGCGAUACGACUAAGAAUGUUAUCCAAUGGCCACCAGUGUCUUGUCAUCGACGUUUGUAGGUUCAUCAUGUAAGCAGUCCCUACGAUGCUUAUCUGAGAGCACACAACACACUACCAAGCUCCUUGAUUUGCAUGAUCCACUACUAUUUGUCGUGGCAAAUAACACAAGGGUAAUAUCUCAUCCAUAAUAUACAUUUUUUCCUCCUACUGACCAGGUGUGAUAAUUUCCCCUUGUGUUAUUGUCUGCCUUUACGAGGAUGAUUCACCAUAGAAACAUCUCCCUUCAUAUCACCACCGCAGCAUCUGGUCGCACCUCAAGGAACAAGAAGAUCAACACCAUAAAUUAGUACUUUGUAAUGUGCUACUAACAAAAACCCAAAAGGAAUAUUAAACUUUUUUCCAGAUUAUGUAAAAUAGCAAUAUGGUGGGACUUGUAGUUUAAUAAGAUUCAAGAAAGAUAAUAUAUGUGGAUUGAUUGACUUUGACGACUGUGGAUACGAGCGGUGUAGUGGAGCAGACGAAUAGUCAUUUAAAACGUUGAAAAGAGCAUUUGGUCGAUAAGUGUAGCCAGACUAUACGAUCUUUCUUACAUAAUACACUAAAAUAAUUAAACUACUGUGUGAAUAAUAAUAAUAAUAAUAAUAAUAAUAAUAAUAAUAACAGUGAAUCAACUAAAAGGAAAAUUAGUACAUAGUUUAUUUAUACAAAACUUUACGUCAAUAUAAAAAGAAAAAUUAAACACCACAUUAGAAAUUUGUGAUAUUUAUAAAGUGAAAAAACUAUUGAAAAAACUGUGAUACGAUAAAGAACAUUGAAAAAAAAAUUGACCAGAAGCGAAUAGUGUAAACAAAAAAAGGUUUCUGUGAUGUAAACAAUAGACGCUGGAGAGUAAACCAACAAAAGAAAACAUAAACAAUAAUAAUGAAAACAAAGAAGUGAAAGAAAAACUAAAAUCGAUUGAAAAAAAGAGAAUAACGUGUUAGAGAAAGAGACAAAGAGAGAGAGAAAGAGAGAUAGAGAUAGAGAAAGAGAGAGAGAGAGGCCGGCAAGAUGUACAGUAUGGAUGGGUUCGACAUGGAGGCUCUCAAUAGGCAGUUCUUCGAGUCAGCUGCCUUCAGUGAGUUCCAGGCAGGAGUGGUGUUUGAGCCAGGCAGCGGUGGUUCCUCUCCAGCACACCUCGACCAGGAAAACACGUACCUGAUGUUCGAACCUGACAGCGGUGGAUCGUCGCCUUCACACAACGACCAAGAAAAUACGGUGCUGCGCAGGAAGAAGAAGCGGCGGUGUUUAAUGGCCCAGAUGCAACAGCGUCAGGCGGCUAACAUGCGCGAGAGGAAACGUAUGCAGAGUAUCAACGACGCAUUCGAAGGCCUACGUGCCCACAUCCCAACACUGCCGUAUGAGAAGCGGCUCUCCAAGGUAGACACACUACGUCUGGCCAUCGGCUAUAUCAGCUUCCUGGCAGAGUUGGUGGCGAGUGACCGCGCCCCGGACCCUCACCUCCACCCACCUAACCACAACGAUACCAACAGGAAGGUCAUCGUUAGGAGCUCCAGGAUGAGCGUGGACAGUGUACCCCACUCUCUCACCUGGUCGUAUGUUCGCCCUAACGUCAUUAACGGGAAAGUUACCGCCAAGACCUGGGUGCCUGAACAACAGAAGCGCCAGUGAACACCUGUUGAACAGUCGCUGUAUACCUGUGAACACCUACUGAGCACCUUUGAACAGUUGCUGAAUACCUGUGAACAUCUGUUGAACGUGUGUGACCAGUCGAUGAACACGUGUGAACAGCCGCUGAACACCAGAUGAACACCUGGGUCGUCGAACAACAGAUGUUACAGUGAACACGGGUUAACAUCCAUUGAACAUCUAGUGAACUAUAUGUGAUGACGUGUGGAUAGCCAGUGAACGUAUGUGAACACUUGUAGGCACACACAUAUAUACUCAUGAACACCUGGUGAACACACGCUGAACAUGUGUGAACAUCGAGUCAAUACGGGUGAACAGUCGGUGAAUACGAGUCAGUGGUCAGACAACACGUGUGAACAACCUGAGCAUAUAUGUUCAAGUGAAGUAAACUAAUAUUGAACACAUAUGAACAAACAAUAAACACAAAUGUGAACAUAUAACGAAAAAACUUUAUCACCUUUGAAAACAUAAAAAAAAGUUCAAGAACACGUAUGAAAACCAAUGGAAUUAUAUGAACAGCUCAUGAACACGUUACGAAAAGUUCCAAACAUCUGUAAACACGUGAAAUAAUAUCAAUAACUAAUGAACAAACGUGAACGUAUGUGUGAAUGGCUGGUGAACUCAUAUGAGCAUCAAACGUAAAAAAAAAAAAACAUGCACAUCCACUCAACUCACACGUGAAUAACCAUUGAACUCUUAUGAACAAGUGGAUGAGAUAUUUCUAACCCACAGUAAAGGAGAAGAGAAAAAAACACUUCCGUAUCUUUAUGAAUCUAGAUCACAUUCGAUAAUACCACUAUCUAAAGAAGAAAAACUACAACAAACGUUUAAAUGUUCAAGUGAUAAUCAAAUGCACCUCUUCAAACUAACCUUUUCAAUUUACAAUAUAUUUUUAAUUGCAAUAUUGACUGGAAGAAGGAACAUAUUAACGCUUCCUGUUCGAACAUUAGAAAAAUAAUGUAUGUUUCCCUCUUCAUACACUAGAAAAAAUUACGUGUAUGUUUUUUCACUUUAUUUCUUCUAUAUAUGGAAUCUACCGUAAGAGAAUUGGAUUGUCAAAAGAUUUUAGAUUCAGCCUACUGCGCGUCACUGGGCGGUGCGCGCAGGAAAAAGCCAUACCGGUCAAACCAAAAGACAAAUAAUAUACGCUUAUUCUACCAAAGAUUAAUGCUACUGGCGGUUCAACUGUACUCUACUGUAUUUUGAAACUAUGGUAAAAAAAAAAUAUAGUUUAUUUGUGGUCACCUCUGUUGUUGUAAAAAGAAAAAUGCUAAUCCUGAUAUACAAAUUCUUUUCUAAUUGGGUAAAAUUUGGCUCUUGGUAAUAAGUUUUAUCCAAUUAUGACUUAAUGAUUUUAUUUGUUUACACUUGAGAUUAACGAUUAUUGGUUGACUUAUCAAAGCGCUCGACCAGUCACGAGCUCCUGAUAUCACUUUAAGGAGUCAAAUAGACUUUCCUGUUCGUGGUAAAUAUUAUAAAAAAAAAUUCACCAGAACACAACCGUAAUUUUGAUAAUCUUUCAUUAAACUUUCACAUAAUUAAAAUAUCUAUCAUUAGCUGUACUAAUAUCAGGAACAUUGCCUCGAACUUAACUAAACUUUAAGUUCUGUAAAAAAAAAAAUACUUAAUGUAAACACUGUGUUAAGCUUUUGUAGUGACCUGCGACCUGACCGUCUCUAGUUGACAUAAAGGAGUGCCACUGCUAACAGACGCCUGGCGAACGUCCGUGUGGCGUAGCCCUCGUAAAAUAUAGCAUUGUGGAGUGAAGGGGAACUCAAGACGCUGUUGGCACCUUAAAUGGCGCUAAACUACCAAAAGAAGAGAAUGAAUGUGAUAUUGAUACACACACGUCUACACUAAAUGGCUCGUGUACAUAACAUCACGGUGGCCAUGUUGUAUGACGUCAGUGCAUCAGCUGAUAUGUUACAUGACGUCAGUGCAUCAACAGACAUAUUGUAAGACGUCAGUGCAAUAACAGACAUACUAUGACGUCACCACAUCAGCAGACAUCCUGUAUGACAUCACCACAUCAGCUGAGGUGUUGUGUUGUGACAUCAGAUCAUCAAGAAAGUGAGACAUGACUUCAGUGAGGAGGUAUAUAGAGUGAAGUAGGUGACGGGAGGAGCAGGUGGUAGGGGGAGGUACUGUAGUGUACAUACUGUGAUAUAUGUCUGAUGUCGUCCACGUGCAAUACACACUUAUCAUGUUUA